CCUUCUAUCUUCAAAAUUCUCUAAUUCUUUUCUUCUUUAGGUCUUCAUUUUCUUGUUCUUUCCUUCAGAUGGAUUUCGAACAAUCAGUCCAUGAAAUUCAGGCUUAUUCUUGAAAUUCAGGGACAGAUUUUUCGACUUCGUAUUACCAUUUUACAUAUAUUAGAUAGAUUUUCUUAAGGUUUUGAGGGAUGGAUGAAACCAAGAAAACCGAGAAAUAUCUCAUAUCCCCCGCUGCUUUUGUGGAAGGGGGAGUACAAGAUUCCUGUGAUGAUGCUUGCAGUAUAUGUCUCGAAGCCUUCACUGAAAGCGAUCCUUCAACGGUGACAACUUGCAAGCACGAGUUCCAUCUUCAGUGCAUCCUCGAAUGGGCUCAGCGAAGUUCCCAGUGCCCCAUGUGUUGGCAAGCCAUAAGCCUGAAGGAUGCUACCAGCCAGGAACUCUUUACGGCAACAGAGCAGGAGAGAAACUUCCAACUUCGUCCAUCCCGAAAUGCCACAAUAUUUCAUCAUCCCACCUUGCACAAUUUUGACUUACCACAUUUAUCAGUUGGUGCAAAUGAUUCCGAACUUGAAGAGCGUAUACUUCAGCAUUUAGCUGCUGCUGCCGCAAUGGGAAGAGCACAUCAUUUCGCUAGGAGGGAAAGCCAGCGGACAUCUUCAAAUCAAGGUCAUUCACCAUACAUGGUGUUCUCCCCCAACUCUGACGUUGGUCCAAGUGGUCCUGUUUCUGGCAUUACUUCCCAAAGAAGAAGAGAACAUGAGCGAAAUCCACUAGCAACCGGAGUUAAUCCGUCAGCACAUCUUGUACGGAAUGGAGAAGAACCUCCUCAAUCUGGAUCAAUGUUGCCUUCUGUUCGAUCUGACCAGAUUCCUGGCCAAGCGAGAUCUAGCAAUUUAGCCUCCAGCCGGCGUCGAACCUCUUUCAGUAAUACUUCUGCCAGUCGAUCUUCCUCGAUCAAUCGAGAUAGGGCUGGACCGUCUGAUUUCCAAUCUUUUUCGGAGUCUCUAAAAUCUCGACUCAAUUCAGUCUCAAUGAGAUACAAAGAGUCGAUCUCAAAGGGUACAAGAGGAUGGAAGGAAAGGCUGUUCUCUAGGAGCAGUUCCAUUAAAGAUCUUGGUUCAGAAGUUACAAGAGAGGUAAACACUGGACUUGCUAGCGUAUCACGAAUGAUGGAGCGCCUUGAGACCAGGGAAAACAGUAGAUCAACUGAUUCCUCGGAAUUAAAUAACUUGGAUAGGGAAGAUACAGAUGUGAGUAACCAAGGAGUUGGGGAGGGUCAUGCUAACACCACCCCUAUCAGUGAUAGGAAUACAUCAGUUUCUUGUGCUGCACGUCCUGGUCCAGUUUAAGUUAUCCUCCAUACCUCAAAAAUGACGCGUCUUCACCUUUCAUUUUUCAGGUAACUUGUUUUUUGCCAGGUUAACGGAAAGGAGAUUCCGAGGGAGUCAACAGAGUUCUCGUCAUCUUCUCUUAAGAUGCAGACAAGGAAUUUGAUUUGAAAAAGCAUUUUGAUAGUUGUGGUCAGAUUUGGAUUGUAUAAAUUAUGUUUACAAACAAAUCAAAAAAAUGAAAAAAAGAAGCUUCCGCCCGAUUGAGUCAUACAUUUGUUUUUUAAGUUUGGUAUUUUACUUGUAAAUUUGUUAAUAUAAUCUGGAAUUUGGUUUGGAGUCUGUCUCUCUAUGUACAUGUGUGUGGUGUGUGUAUUAAUGGCGCAGAUCACAUUUUAAGA